ACUUGGAAGUAAUAAAUUCAGCUCCUUUCCAGUUGCAAAUUUACUCUGAACUAAAACAUUGCUCUUCAUACCUUUUUCAAAGAUCUAUAGGAUACCAAGACAGACAUCUCAAUGGCUACCAAGAAUGAUAAUGAAGUUCGUGUGUCUAGCGAUCUCUCAGAAGGUGAGAUAAAAGCCAUUCAGAAGAGAAGAGAAAGAGUGAAGACGUGCCUGCAUGAAUUACUUGAUGUUCAUUUUGAUGAGGAUAAAGUACCUAACAUUGUUGUUCUGGGAUCAGGAGGAGGCCUGCGUGCUAUGAUAGCCCUGCUGGGAACCUUGGUGGAGCUGAAAAAUCAGAAUAUCUUGGAUGCUGUCAUGUAUCUGUGUGGGGUGUCAGGAUCCACUUGGUGCAUGUCCAUGCUGUAUACAGAUUCUAAAUGGUCAGAAAAAUUGUCCCUGGAAGAGAAUCUGAUCAAUAUUCUCACAGUGGACAGUUGGGAUAUUUCGAAGGCAAUAGACUAUUUAGAGGAGUCAUCAGAAGAUGAAAAUUACUCACUCACUGAUGUCUGGACCUGUGUUGUAUACAAAAUACUGCAUCAGUUUGAUGAGAAGGAGCUGACUGAUUACAAGGAUGCCUCAGAGAGUGGAAUAAACCCUUACCCAAUUUACGCAGCAGUGGAUAAGGAAAAACUGAGUGAAGCGUGUGCGGGUGCAAGCUCUCCAGGGACCUGGUUUGAAUUCACUCCACAUGAGGCUGGAUAUACUGCCUUGGGUGCUUUUGUGAGUACAGAGAACUUUGGAAGUAAAUUUGAAAACGGUAAACUGAUGGAGAAGAAAAAGGAAAAAAACAUUUGUUACAUGCAAGGCUUAUGGGGGAGUGCUUUGGGAAGCAUGGAAGAAAAUCUAAAGGCUAUACGAGACUAUAUCGAGUGGUUGUUACAAAGGUUACUAAGUUCCUGUGAGACGAGGACAUGCAGCCCAUGUGGAUAUGGUCAUGAAGGUAUAUCAAAUACCACCGAGUUUUCUCAGGCUGCUUUGCUUCUACUAGAACUUCAGCCGUGUGCCGUAAGUGGGAGAGAUCCUGAAGAAGUCUUCAAUAAAUUGUUGAAAAUAUUGUCAGGCAAGUGAAUGUGCAUCCUAAUAAAUGUGCCUUAAAGUACAUAAGACUUGUGUGAUGAAAACAAAGGAGGGAAGAAUAGAGAGCUGUGUUAAUCUGUGCAAAGAAAUAGAAAAGGAAUUUAGAGGCAAGUAUUGCACAUUAAUGCUUACCGUAAUGGUGAUGCUCUCCCCACCCCAUUUAGAAAAAUUCACAGGUUUUUCUACAAAUCCUGUGAUUUAUUACAAAAGCCCACAUGCAUUUGUUGGAAAAAGUUGUCAUGUAAGUUGAUGUGUAUUUGUUUCUUUAAUGUCACUGGCUUUUAGCUUUUUCUCCACUUCAUUUUCCUUUCAUUUUUUCACAAUUUCAUUUUUUCAGAGUGUCUUGGACUAGAAGGUACUCCAGAAGAAAUAUCACGAUUAUUGCAUGGCAAGUUUAUUUCAUUUUUAAUAUCUUUUAUUGCUCUUUAUAUCGUAUGUGCUUUCAAAAAAAUCCAUCUUUGGAGGAUUGUGAACAUAAAUUCCAGUGUAAAUCUUAUGUAAGGUCAUUGUGGGAUGAUCUAGUGAAAAUUAUACUAUAGAAUGUAUCAAUGAUAUUCCAGUUUUCAAUGUUCAUAAAGCUUUCUGUUCUCGUGAAAGUAAUUAGAAUCUGCCUUCCUGAGUAAAUAAAUUAGGAGGCCUAAUCCUGAACAAUCAGUUUCCCAUUUAUUCUUGUUCCAGAGUGAACCUGUACUUCUCAGGCAUUCAAAACUGAUGAAGUAUAUGUUGAAGAGUGGAUUUCUCAGUGGUUUUCUGUUAGCUACUUAGCAUGCCGUACUCUCAAGUAUUAUUUGCAACAUGCAUCACUAGAGACAUUUUGAAAUAAAAAGUCAUGAAAUAAGAAAUCCUAUAGCAAGCAUUUUUGGCAGCUAAUCAAAAUCUCCACCCUUUUAUCUGCUUAGAUAAAAGUAACUUUUAGUUACUUUUAGCACUAAAGUUUUAAGUAACUGAACUCAUUUAGCUUAUAUCUACAAUAUUUAUUGGACUAUGAGUCGAAUGAAGAUUAUUUGGAUUUAUUUUUAAAAAGACCGAGAAGAGGUCUAAGCAAGACACAAGUAAAUUUCAAAUAAGAAUUUCACGUUGAAGUUCCUAGAAUACGUUUGCAAUGUUAAGCUGAUAUAUCACAUGUGUAGACCCAGGGCUCUGCUAGUUCCAUCACCCACUGUGUAUGGGCGGCUUUUUGCCAACUCCUUCUGGAGCAAAUUGGUUGGUGUUACGAGAUUAAAUAUGGCCAUUGUUUCUUUAAUCUCCGGUGCUUGUUCCAAGGACUGUGUACACAGAUCACACCUGGCCUGUCUUUGCCCAAUACAGUCCUUCAAAUUAUCACAUUGAGCUGGUUUUCUCACAUUUUCUCACAUGAUCACUUGGAUUUCUCAUGGUUUUCUGCCAAUAUUCCCCUCCUUGCACAGUUUGUUCUACUGGGCUGUAACCUGGCUCUCACUUUAUCCAUGGGACUUUCAGCUGGAAAGAAAAUUAAAAGAAAGAACACUCUCUGAGCCACAAGAAUGUUACAAGGGGCCCAGAAAAGAUCAGGCCUUGACUGACUUAUUCAAAUCUGUUUCAAGUGGGUUAAGAUUCCACUGACUGAUGUUAAUUAUCUGAACUAGUGAAAAGUUUGGUUCUUUUUCUUUGGUUCUUUUUCUUUCACUUGGGCCUUGGCACUAAGGCUGGCUGUAUACUAUCAGCAUGUAUGUUCUUCUGACAUGAUGCAUCUUCACCAGAUUUUGUUGCACCAGUCAAAAAGUGAAGUUGUCUAGAUUCAACUAUGUUCUAAAUUGUUUUAUCUCUUCUUAGCUGACUUACAGAGUAUCUUCAGGAUCCUGACUAAAACAAUGGAGUGUAUUUUAAACUGGAUGUGGGGAACAACUAAUAACUUCCUUUACAAGUGCCCUAAAAUUCAGUCCUCUUACCUGGUCGAAAACAAAACCAUCUCCUUGAUUGAUGCUGGCGUGGCAAUAAAUUCUGCCUAUCCUCUGGUACUUAGAGCACAACGUCAAACAGAUCUUAUCCUUUCCUUUGACUUCAGCUCCGAAGAUCCUUUUGAGACUGUCGAGAAAGCAGCUGACUACUGCCAGAAAAAUGGUAUUCCAUUUCCCAACAUAGAGAAGCAGGAAAUGGACAAGGAAAGCCCUUCUGAUUGUUAUAUCUUUCGAGGAGACAAGUCGUGCCCUACAGUCAUGCACUUUCCACUCUUCAACAAAGUGAAUUGUUCUGAUAAAAUUGAAGAAUACAGAAGUAAUUUCUCUACUUUUAACAUGUCCUACUCCGAGACUAACAUCAAAGAUCUCCUUGCAAAAGCAAAGCUGAAUGUGUCCAAUAAUAGUAAGAGAAUUUUGCAAGAGAUACAACGGCUUCUAUCUUCCUCUCAUACAAACAAGUUCUGAAUGCAAAGGUAGUUUUUGUUUGUUUGAUUGUUUUCUCUUCUGUGCAGAAUAAUGAAUUUAUGACUCUGUAUUUCUCACCUGCUCAUUUUUCUGCAUUUCUUGUGUAUAAAAUUUAAAACUGAUCAAAUAUUAAA